AGUCAUGGCAACCUACACUUGCAUCACGUGCCGUGUGGCUUUCAAGGACGCCGACAUUCAGCGAGCCCAUUACAAAACUGACUGGCAUAGGUACAAUCUGAAGCGUAAGGUUGCUGACAUGCCUCCUGUCACUGCUGAGAAUUUCCAAGAGAGAGUCCUGGCACAAAGAGCAGUAGCAGAGGAGCAGAACAAAAUCACUGCCACUUACUGCACAGUUUGCAGCAAGAGGUUCUCUACCUUCAAUGCCUAUGAAAAUCACCUGAAGUCCAAGAAGCACCUGGAACUGGAGAAGAAAGCUGUUCAAGCUGUCAGCAAGAAGGUGAAAUUAUUAAAUGAAAAGAACCUGGAGAAGGGGCUGAGCCCAGAGAGUGUAAACAAAGACGAAAUGAACACAGCUAUUCAGCAAGCCAUCAGAGCUCAACCGUCUUCCUCCCCAAAGAAGACACCUUUCCCUCCUGGUAAUGCAGGAGGCUCACCAGAGUCUACGAGAAGUGCCAGCUUAUCCCAGACUAGAGAGCGACCCGAAAAACCUCCACGGCUGCAGUGGUUUGAACAGCAAGCAAAGAAGCUGGCCAAACAGCAGGCAGAGGAAGAUGAUGAUAUGGAAGAAGACUGGGAAGAUAUGGAUUCUGAUGAAGACAUUGGCUCUGAAGAAGAGAUGGAAAGUGUGGGAGAAGAAGAGGAGCAGGCAGAAGCAGAAAGCACUCCUGUUGGGGCCAUACCAGUCACGGACUGCUUGUUCUGUCCCCACCACUCAAGAUCUCUCACAAAAAAUGUGGCCCAUAUGACAAAAGCUCACAGUUUCUUCAUUCCAGACAUAGAGUACCUUGUGGAUCUUAGAGGACUAAUCAAGUACCUGGGAGAGAAGGUCGGGGUUGGGAAGAUCUGCAUCUGGUGCAAUGAAAAAGGGAAGUCCUUCUACUCUACAGAAGCAGUGCAAGCUCACAUGAAUGACAAAAGCCACUGCAAACUCUUCACAGAUGGAGAUGCUGCCCUGGAAUUUGCAGACUUCUAUGAUUUUAGGAGCAGUUAUCCUGAUCACAAGGAUGGGGAAGAUGCAGAUGUGCCUGGAGGGCGUCCAGCAGAGAGAGAUUUGGAUUAUGAUGAUGACACCAUGGAGCUGAUCCUUCCUUCGGGCGCCAGAGUGGGUCACCGCUCGUUAAUGAGGUACUACAGGCAGCGCUUCGGUCUGUCAAGAACAGUGGCUGUUGCAAAAAAUAAGAAGGCAGUGGGUCGGGUGUUGCAGCAGUACAGAGCUUUGGGAUGGACAAAUCAAACAGGGGCAGGCCUUGCUCAGCAGCGAGACAUGCAGUACCUGCAGAGGAUGAAGUCCAAGUGGAUGCUCAAGACGGGAAUGAGCAACAAUGCCACAAAGCAGAUGCAUUUCCGGGCACAAGUCAGAUUCUGAGCUCCCGAGAGCGCUCCCUGCAGCUGGCUUUGGGAAGGGGGAUUUAGUGGUUUCUGGGUCAAGGAUUCCAUUAUUUAAAUGGACUGGGUAUGUA